AUGAAUUUACGUCAGCAGUUAACGCAAUUUUUAACCCUUGCUUAUGUAUUUUCAUCAGCUUUUAUGAUUUGGAAAUCAUUAUCGAUACUAGCAAAUUCUCAUUCACCAAUAGUUGUUGUAUUAUCAGGAUCAAUGGAACCAGCUUUUCAAAGAGGUGAUAUAUUAUUUUUAUGGAAUAGAGACAAACAACAGAAAGUUGGAGAUAUAGUUGUCUACGAAAUAGAAGGUAAAACUAUACCAAUUGUACAUAGAGUUUUAAGAGAACAUCAUAAUCUGGAAAAACAAUUAUUAUUAACAAAAGGUGAUAAUAAUGCAGUAGAUGAUUUAUCAUUAUAUGCUAAGAAACAAUCAUAUCUUAAUCAAAAAAAUGAUUUAGUAGGUACCGUUAAAGGUUAUUUACCAUUUAUUGGUUAUAUUACUAUAUUAAUAAGUGAAAACGUAUAUUUUAAAUUUGGUUUAUUAGGUUUAUUGGGUUUAUCUUCUUUAACAAGUAAUGAAUAA